AUGCUCGCUCUCACAGCAACCACCGGCAACAUAGGCAGCGCCGUCCUCCAAGCCAUCCUCGACCUCAAAGUAAUCCCACCCACCUCCCUCAUAAUCUGCACUUCCUCGGACCCCUCCUCCCCAAAAUUCAACACGUACAAAGCCCAGGGCAUCCAAGUCCGAAAAUUCAACUACAACGAUCCAUCCAGCAUGGCGGAUGCCUUCAUCGGCGUCACAAAACUCUUCCUAAUAUCCACUCCUCAAAAUAAUCUCGAUUUCAACAAUGCGUCCUACGGACAGGGACGCGAGUCCCGUCAUUUCGCAGCUAUUAAUGCCGCAAGGGAAGCAGGCGUCAAACAUGUAGUUUAUGCUAGUCUCGCAUUUAGUCUUGAGAGUUCUCCCGGAGUGAUGCGUGCGCAUCAACGCACGGAGGAGUAUCUGAAGGGAUUGAAGGAUAUCAAGUGGACGAUUGUGAGGGAGGGAUUAUAUCAGGAGAGUUGGCCUAUCUAUGCUGGAUUUUUCAAUACACAGUCUGAAGAUGCUGAUGCGAGGGAGGAGAUUGUGGUUGCGGGGGAUGGGGGUUUAAGUAUGAUAUCUUUGCGGGAUCUUGGGGUGGCGAAUGCCCUGGUACUGGCGGAUGAGAGUGCGAAGUAUGAGGGAAAAAUGUUUUUUCUUUCGCUGAGGAAGUCGCUUAGUAUUGGGGAGAUUUUGCGGAUUGUAUCCAAGGUGAAGGGGAGAGAGGUGGGUUUGAAAAUUGUAGACGAGCAGGAAUAUGUAAGACAUUAUGUGGAGAAAGGGUUUGAGAGGGAUAUGUUGGAGUGGUGGGUUAGUAGUUAUACGGCGUUGAGGGAAGGGGGUGGUGCGGUGAUUGAUGAUGGGAUUUGUGAGGGGCUUUUGGAGAGUGUGGGGGUUAAGCCGAAGGAUAUGGAGGAGACGGUUAGGGAGAUGCUGGUGGGUGGUUUGAGGGGAUGA